CGGCUUUUAUUUGGUAGUUUCUCGACACUUGUCGAGUCGUUCAGAUCGCUGUACGAUUUAAUUGAGUAAACGUGUCAGGACGAUCGCAUCGACCGUAGUCAAUGAUUUUCGUGACCAGUGAAAAUAUUCUAAAUUAAUUACUAUGUUUCAAGACAACCAAAACAGUUCAAAAGUUCGGCAAUUGAAAACCAUGCGGGAAAGUGUUGAUUGGAAUAGAAAAGAAGAUCGGGUCACAUUUUUUCAAAAUUUUUAUCCCUUGAUCUACGAUUGGAUCGACGGAUUGCCAAAUCUCCGAGAUAUUUUUCAACAAGACGAAAUUGAGUUGCUUCUCAUGGAUUCUAUAAGCAACUGGGAUCAAUUCCCGUAUACGUAUGGUUUUGUAAAACGACUCGUACAGUUUGUGAUUAGCACCGGUUACAAAGACGAGCCCAAACUCGAUGAGGAAGGCAAACCAGCGAUGGUUCGGCACACACCAGUGCAUAUAGCAGUUAGAAAACAGGAAGCUCUUUUCAUCCCUGAUUUGUUUAAAAUAUACGACAGGUUCGACGUGAAUUACGUCGGCGCGCAUGGAUACACGCAUUUUCACGCGGCCUGCUUUGCCGGCUGCUACGACGUCGUCGAAAAAUUUCUCGACUUCGGUCAGGAUCCCGAUUUUCGGGUAUCAUCGUCGAAUUGCUCUCCGCUUUACUUGGCUACGUUUUGUAUCAGAGAAAGCGGAAAAAAAGUGAUCGAAUUACUGCUGAGACGAGGCGCCGAUCCAACUUUAGCCAAUGCCCAAGGAGCGACUCCACUGCACAAUAUUGGCUCGAACGUCGACUGCGCGAAGAUGAUGUUGGAGAGGACGGCGCGGCUGGUCCAUGCCCGGGACAUAUACGGCAAGACCCCGUUGCACUUGGCCACGAUAGAAGGAUGCGCAGACUUGAUCGAAUUGCUGCUGAGAAAAGGCGCCGAUCCUUAUGCAGUCGAUCAAUAUGGAGUGACUCCGCUUCAAUUGAUUGGCCAUAGAGUUGAGUUGCUGGAACUAUUCCGCAAGAUCAGCGAAGAGAACCAACAGGCCAUGGAAGAUCGACGUCGUUAUUUCGCAAGAGGCGAGAAGAGAAAGAACAUCGAAGAUUGAAAUAGAUCGCUACUUUGAUCAGAAAUUGCAAGAGCUAAUUUUUAAAUUUUUAUGUUAUUUUUCGGCUUUUCAUGAAGGAUGUGUGCCAAUAAAAAUACAUGUAUUAAUGAGAGGCAUUAAUAUAAAUAUUAUUUAACGUCAAAAUUACUAUUGAAUGAAUAACUGAUUUAAAAUGAAAUAAAUCAUGAAUGAACUUCUGUGACUCAA